AUGGCCACUACUGUAACCCAGACAAUCACAGAACCCACCCCCGUGCUCACGUUGCGUGGGGUGGACCCCGACAAGCUCGCCGAGCGCCAAGCGGUCAAGGAGCGUCUGGCUGGCGCGUUUCGCAUCUUCGCAGAGUUGGGUUACGACGAUGGCAUUGCGGGCCACAUCAGUGUCCGUGACCCCAUCAACGAAAACGCGUUCUGGGUGAAUCCCUAUGCUUUGCCGUUUGACCAGAUCACCUGCAGCGACCUUCUCCUCAUUGACCCACACUCGGGCGACGUCCUGGAGGGCACCGGCAAGCCGGGCAACGGACAGCUGUACAAUGCGGCCGGCUUUGCGAUCCACAGCAGCAUCCACCUGACGCGUCCCGACAUCCACGCCGCCGCCCACUCGCACAGUUUCUACGGCCGCACGUUCAGCGCCUUGGGCCGUAACAUUGACAUUUCAAACUAUGAGGGAGCACAAUAUGCCGACACUGUCAAGCUGUAUGACAACUUUGGCGGGGUGGUCCUCUCGGACGAGGAGGGCCGUAACAUCUGCAAGGCCCUUGGCCCGCACGGCAAAGGUGUGAUUCUCCAGAACCACGGCAUCCUCACUGCCGCGGGCACGGUUGACGCCGCCGUCGCGUACUUUGUCCGCCUCGAAAAGCUCUGUGAGGCUCAGCUGGCAGCCGAUGCCGCCGGCGGGUCCGCCGUGCUCACCGACGAUCAAGUCGAUGCCGUGUUCAGGGAGGCCGGGUCCGAGGACGAGGCCUUUAGGCAGGCCCAAGAGCUGUUCGAGUGGAUUGAUGCCUUGAGUGGCGAGGACUACAAGCAGUAA